UGGCUCGGAGAUGGUACGGGGGGGGGCGUCCGUAGAAGGGGCGCACCAUGGCGAAGAAGAAGCCCUCGAAGUACGUGGGCUCCUGCGGCAUCUACGUCCUCGCUGGCCGCGGCGGCGAGCGGCGGCUGCUGGUCCACAGGCGCAGCCGCCAGGUCUCCGAGCCCAACACCAUCUGCGCCCCCGGCGGCAUCGUCGAGCGCUGGCUCUGCGGGGAGGACCUGUCCGACUUCCAUUCUGGGGCGCUCAAGACGCUCUCCGGCGCGGGCACCCGAGGAAACCGGCGUGAGGCUCGACGAGGCGCAGGUGGCCGAGCUCAGGCAGCUGCCCGUGGACGCGGGUGCCGCGUACUGGGGCCCCGCAAUGCACCGCAAUUUCUGCGCGGUGCUCGAGGAGUGCCCCGUCCUCGCCGGUCCGGAGCGCGCGAGUCUGCACGAGCUGGUCCGCGACGGCAUGGCCGGGACCCGGCCGGCCGCGGUCUGCCAGGAAAGACUUGCAUGAGGAGGA